CUCGUUCACAACCCGUCGUCAGUACAAUAAUAAAAAUUUAAUUUAAUGUUAGAAAAUGUCAGAACAAAUAAAUUUUAAUAGUAGCAAGGAACCAAUUAGAUAGUGUUGUGAAUUGAAGACAUUGGGCUUUCCCGCUCAAAUUUGACAAUAAAAGCAAGUACAAUGUCAAGUAGCCCGUUCCCAUACACCUGUGAGCUAUGUGGCGCAGAAGGGUUGACGGACGAGGGUAUGAGGUCCCACACCUUGGAAGCCCAUGUGGCUGGCAGGCCAGAUUGCCCGUUCUGCGACUGCACAGUGCCACAACCGCAACUUGUGGGCCACGUGCAGAGGGUCCACCUCCAUUAUCUGACGCCGGAGAGGGAGUUAAUGGCGUUCAUAGAUGACCAGAGUCCGGGCUAUGACGAAGAUUCAAAAAUGACCACUACAGAUAGCUGUAGCUAUAACACACCAGGGUCUAUAAACGGAUGGCACAGCCCUGUAGAAGUCUCAACUUCGUUUCAUAAUGGUGCAAUUUCAAAAAAUAAUUACUAUCAUAAUGGUUAUCAAGAAAAGGAAAACUCAAAUUGUAAUCAUAGGAGUGAAAAGGACGAAGAACGGUUCUCACGGUCACCCAAAAACAUUAAUCUAGCUAAUGGUAUAAAAAAUAUCAAUAUUAGUAAUGGCGUGACGGGAAAGAAAACUCGGAGUAAGGAAAAUUCGGUCGAAAAUGAAUUAUUGAAUGGACACGAAAAAGAAAGCCUACAUUCGAGCCCUACCCACAAUAAUAUGAAUAACUACGAUGGGUCGCCGAAAAAUAGCAAGCUAUCUAUGGCGAGCGCAGGACAAGGGUCACCUUUACGAUCGCAAUUAGCUUUAAAAUUAAAAUCGAAUACACCAAAGAAAUUAGCACCAACUCCUAGUCCAACUGUUCAAUGCCUCUUAUGUGAUUUUACAUCAACAUGUCCGCGGAAAUUGGAAGAACACAUAAACCGUGCCCACUUCGAUUUAACAUCACCGUCGGUUAUGGGAAAUGAAAACUCUAAUAUCGAUAACGCGACUUUGGGCCUACUAAAUCCUACUAUAAACUUGGAUAAUCCAACUUUGGCUUUGAGUGCGAUGGCUAUGUCGCCGGGGCCACAUAGCUCAACAUACCAGUGUCCAAUAUGUGAAAAAGAAUUUGCAAAUGGGUCAGAGGUAGAAGUUCAUGUUAAUGUGGAACAUCGAGAUAUAUUGAGUCCCCAGAAAGCUGACCAGGUGGACAAUGCAUCAUGUGAGGAUGUUGUGAUGAUGGAAGAGAGUCCUGUGAGCAACUGUCCCAUUUGUUGUCAGCCCCUCCCACUCUCUCAACAUGAGUUGAUUCAACACAUAGAAGAACAUUUUGAAAGAGGGGAAGAUGUCGGAGCCUCCACGCUAUCUGAUGCUGAGAGAGAGGCACAGAAAACUAGAGAAGAACAGGAAUUUCAAUUACUCAGAGCUCAAUAUGGUAUGGAGGAAGAUGAAGAAGGAUAUAGCAGUAGAGCAGCCAGUAGCCUGAAGAGAGCAGUUUACAGUGGGGCCCUGUCUGUCGCAGGCUACUAUGAGCGCAGCGUGGGGCUCCGCCGCGCUUCUGCUUCGGGUCUCGAUACAGGGUGUUCCAAAACUAGUGGUAUUUUAGAAAGGAUAGUGCAACUAAAUGCUCAAAAUCCAAGCAUAGUCAAGACCUAUUUGUGUAGUGCAGUGGACCACUAUGCCAGUACAUAUGGGGACAGAGGUUGGGGUUGUGGAUAUAGGAACAUGCAGAUGGUGCUGUCGUCGCUGGUGCGGCACCCGGCGUACAGCGCGCGGCUGGGCGGCGCGUGGGAGCGCGACGGCGACGGCGUGCCCUCCAUCCCCGCGCUGCAGCGCCUCGUCGAGCGCGCCUGGGCCAGGGGCUUCGACACGCAGGGCUCAGAGCAACUAGGCUGCAAACUGCACAAUACAAGAAAGUGGAUUGGUGCGUGUGAAGUGGUUACCGUAUUGUCAUCGCUCAGGAUAAAGUGUUCUCUAAUCGACUUCCACAAGCCGACGUCGGCCGACGGCUCCCACCCGGCGCUGUUCGAGUGGGUGCACAAGUACUUCCACGACGAGCCGCAGGCCUUCAAGCCGCCGCUCUACCUGCAGCACCAGGGUCACUCACGCACAAUCAUCGGCUACGAGAAGCACAAGGACGGCAAGGCGACGCUGCUUGUGUUGGACCCGUCACAUUCACCAGCCCAGGUGCGCGCGGUGACGUGCGCGGCGGGCGGCGCGGGGGGUGCGGGCGGCGCGGCGGCGGGCGGCGCGCUGCGGCUGCUGCGGCGCGGCGCGGCGGCGCUGCGCGCGCGCCAGUACCAGCUGCUGUGCGUCACCGGCCUCAUGCAAUCCGACCGGGAGUACGAGGCCAGCAAAGUGCUCCAGUCGAUCCGCAUCCCAUAAAGAUAGUUCUACAAGCGCCCGUCUACAGGUGUACCAGUGUAGUGUAGACCUUCGCAUACACGCAUAAUGUACUAUAUUUAUUUAUUUAUGUAUACAUGAGUUACAAUUGUUUUUAUUGUGUUCUGUCAAUACUGAAAUUAUGCUGGUAUUUAUUUCCUUGCAAAGGAACUAACUGUUUUUAAAUUGGAUAAUAAUGGUGCAUGUAUUUUUAAUAUAUAUUGAAAUUGUUAUACAGAAAUUGUUAUUUAAUAU